AUGCGAGGAUAUGCUGAAACACUCAAAAAGCGCGCGCAUGAUAUUCACUACAACCAAAUGUGCUCGCUUCGCAAGAAUUCGAAAACACUUGAGAAUAAAAGCUUCCCAGUUCCGAUGAGUUGCCGGGAUUACGAGCACUUGUGCAAAUUUGGGCUCGUAGUUGAAAAAGAUAGAGUGAAAACGGAUGGACGAAGAUGCGAGUGCGCCGACCCAUUCAAAGUUCACGAAGGAAUCCAAAGAAGCACAGAAGUCAUCGAUGAAAACUUUUUCUUCGGAGACAUGAAAAUCUUUUCGGACGGAAAAAUUGAAGAGCAAUUUGUUUGCAACCUCUGGGCCAAAAAUUAUGAACGAUAUAAAAAUGAAAAUAUGGAAAGGAAAAUAAACAUGCCGGAAAGUAUUGGAGGCAACAGAUGCAAUUUGAGAGCAAAUCCAAUGAUGGCAAAUUUAUGGGACGACUACUACUGCGACGGUGGCUACCUGAUUCCAUACGAAUUCUCUGAACAAUUUCCAUUCUUUGAAGAAAAAAGAACAAUCACCAGAGAGAUCAAUAAAGUCAAAGAAAUACUCAAAAACAAUACUCAAAUAAGACUUACUCCUGUCAACGAAUUCCUCAGAAAAACCGGCCUUAAAGAUGCCUUCGCCGACCGAUCGAUCAACGAGAUGAACUGCAAAAACACAACUCACAUGUGUCACAAAAUUACAUUUUCCAACAACGGAAUGGCUUGCUCCUCGCUUGUCGGGAAAAAUGGAGGAAUGAUGGCUCAUUCGAUUGACUUGGGCGCUAAAUACUGUCAUACUCCGAUCAACAUUCUUCAUGAGCUUUUACAUGCUUUCUCCUUCAUGCACGAACAUACCCGGCCAGAUCGCGAUGACUACAUAAUCAUGCACCCGGAAAACUACCCCGAGAGGUUCGCUCACAACUUCGCUAUUCUACCAACAGAGCAGUUCAACGCAGAAGCUAAAUCUUACUUCGAUUUUGAUUCGAUCAUGCUUUACAGUCCUUCAGCGGGAAGUACUGGCGGCCCAACGUGGGAACCUCGAAGCGGAAACUGGGAAAUGUCCUCGAAUGACCAUAUCAUGUCCCCUGGAGAUAUAGAAACAUUGAAUAGCUUGUACCCAAAGAAGUUCGAUGAUUUCUGUUACAAGCCGAAUUUCGAGCCUCCUACUGUUCAACCGACUCCGCCAAGACCAGCUUAUGUUCCUUGCCCUAUUCCUGACUUCAAAAAUAAUCAUGAAGCCAGAAAAGAUGAAGAAAUAGCAAAAAUUUGUAAAAAUGACUGUCGUCGAUUCUAUCGCAAUCAGUGCACAGGACCGUCCGGAUACAGUGGAUAUUCUAGCAAUUACAGAUGUGACCCUUGCUUACUUCAGGAUUUGACAGAAAAUUCGAACUGUAAAACAUCUUGCUGCGCAAAAAUUCAAAAUAUUUUCCAAUAA